CGGCUCCGCUUUCCGAAUUUGUUUGGCCCUGUUGGCUCGCCGUCGGUGUUAUGCUGAGGCGGGAGUGACUGAGUUUUUUAAAUUUCUGCUCUUACAGAAAGCGACAGAUGCUGAGACGGCCGAGAGACCGGAUGCAAUGGCAGCGCUUAGUCCUGUGCCAUCUGGUCGACAUCCAGAAAAGAGUAUGACUUUGGACAGAAGGAAAAUAAUCACCUUUACAGGAAAGUUGUUCUACCUGGAUCUUCCCCACAACAAGCAGACUCGGCUCCUAACUAAAGCCAUAAGCAGCCUGGGUGGGGUUAUUGAGAGCUUCCUGAGCAAAGAUGUCAAUUACAUGGUGACUGGGAGCAGAAAACCUGCAGACGUGGCUAAUGGAGAAUCCAAGGAUAGAAAAGGGGGCAUCGCCCAGCAUCCCACUGCGGAGAAAAUUGAGAAAACGCCAUUCAGCCGGGGAAAGCAGCUGCUGAAGAAAGUUGUGCAGACCCAGGAGUGCAGCAGCAUACUUUCCAGCGCCCGCUCUUGGGGAGUCUGUGUCCUCCACGUGGACGAGGUGCUGAAAUAUCUUGAGUAUUCCACACAAAGGCAAGCUGACGGGCCCACUGAUGGUAAAGGAGCUGGUGGUGCAGGGAAGAAACUAAAAGUUGGUAAACUGAAAAGCCCUUUCCUGAAGAUCGAGGACCAGAGCCGAAAAUACCGUCCAAUCCACUGCUCCUUCUCCAACUUCCCCGAGUGCUCCUUUAUCUCUUCAGACAGGAGUCCUUUCGAAACUGCUCGCACCAACAACAGUACACAUAAAGACAGAGACCUAGGGGAACAGGACAAGGAUGACGGAGAGAGGCCACAGAACUGGGAGAAGAGUGGAUAUUGUGAGUGCUGCCAGAUGACCUACGCAAAGCUUAGCGAGCACCUGAUCAGCGAGCAGCACUGCCUCUUCGCUCUCAAUGCCUCCAAUUACAGACUCAUUGAUGACAUCACAUCUGAUAUCGUCUGCGACUUUGUUCCAUUGCCUCAUGGGUUUAAACCCAGGGAAGAGCAAAGUGACAAUGGAGCCCCAGCACAAAGUUUAGAGGAACCUGCACUAACAGAGGACAAAUGCUUGUUAAAGGAGGAGCACAGACAAGUUGAAUCCAAAGAGCAAUCCGUGGCCCACAGCUUAGAACUUCCCACUGAGGAGCACAACCUGGAUCCACCAGAGAAACAACAUGUAAAACAAGAUUCAACAUGUUCUAUGGUGAUCGACAGCCCGUUGUCUAGGGAUCUAUCAGUAGAAAACACAGUGAUAAAUGCAGAACAAGAAUUCAAUGGGGGUUUACCGGAGAAUUUAGUUGUAGAAGAAGAUGGACUCCAGUGUACAUCGAGUACAACAAAUGCACUGGUGCAGUGUGAUCUUCCCUUAGCUGAGGCAGGGGAGGCGUCCCAUGUAGGACUUGUUACUGAGGUCUCUUGGUACACAGAGGAAGCAGGGCUGACCUCCAUGUACAGUGUCCAGUCGCUUGUUAUACCCCCAGCUCAUGUUCUCGAUCCGCAUCCAGAGAUGGCCAUGGAGAAUACAUCGGUACAGCCAUUAUUCCUCAAUGCCUUAGGAGAUUCUCUUCAUGCACUGGCACAGGGUGGCUUUAAUGGAUCAUCUAAUGAACCAGUACCAGGAGAUCCUAUCAUCUCUGCACAUCUAGAGCCACUAAUAAUUAGUGCUGCUCCUCACCAAACGAAUAAAUUACUGGUAGAUGAUGUUAUGCCCAGUGCUGGAGCGCCUGCUUCUGAAAGUGAGUGCACGGUCCAUCAUCUGGAUCCAGUUUCUGGUGCAGAGGUGCCACUAGUGGAGCCUGCAGUGGAUCAUCGACAACAUGUUAUGUUGGUUUCCACACAAAAUAAGCUGCUGGUAAAUGCAUCACAUGAGGUACAAACCGAACUAAGUAACAACUUAUCCAUAGACCAGUUGACAUUGGCACCUUGGCAUCCAGGUACAGAAGGUGAUGUGACUGUUACACAAAGUACUGAACCUUUGGGUAAUUUGGUUGAUUCACAAGAGACAGAGACAAUGGUGUCCACUACAGACUGGUGUGUAGGUAAGCGAAAGCACUGCUUUUCUCCAUGUCAGCCUCCUGCAAAAAGACAGCCAUUACAUUGCCAGCCAAUGCCUAUGUGGGUAUUUCACCAGCUUCCCAGUUCUAUGAACCAGCCAACAGUCCCUGUGUUUAGUGACUGGGCAGAUAGAGAUCGCAGUAACAGAGCAACCGAGGGCGAAGGCACUGCCCUCACGCUCUGCUUCAACCCUAAGCUUGCACAGUAUGAAAACUCAUCAGAAUCGGACUGGGAUUCGCAGCUUGUGUCUCAGCGGCACAGUAACCCUCAACAGACUGCUCAUUUUGGAGAAUUAAGAACUGCUCAGGUUAAUUUGGAUGAGAGUUUGUAUGGAAAACAGCUCUGCUCGGUGUUGGCUCAUGAGCAAACUUUGGGGUCCCCCGGCACUACACCGACUGUAACCCUGUCACACACGUCCUAUGAUAUUUAUCUUAGUGGGGUGGCAUCGUGAAGGGGUAAACAGACUGAUGAUUGGUGCCAUCAUUUCCUGGUAUCUUGUCAUCUACCUGUUCGUGUUUCUGCAGUGCUUAUUACCUGUGUGUUCAUCUUUCUCCCAUUUUGUCCAUUACACUAGCUCUCUAUAUUGCUAUCCCCUCCCCCGCCCCCUGCUCCUUCCGGGAAGGAUGAGCUAGUGAGCCCUCUGCUUCUGCCCACAGCUAUUAAGUGCAUCUUAAUGACUCUUAAUGGCAUAGAGAAGUUCUAGCUGGAGUUUAAAUGCCGAACCUUCUGAUCCUGCCAAGAACGAAGACUCUUCAGACAAAUCCUAUACCUGCACAGCCUUCAGGAACAGGCAAAUUCACAUCUCAAGUCUAAAUCCCCCUCCCAUGAAUGGAUCUGAAAAACCAAGUUGCGUGCUCAUGAUGGCUCAAACUAUAAUAACUGUCAUAAUUAAUAUGUCUAUAUUAUGCGGCAAGACACCUUUUGAUCUCUAGAUGAAACGUACCUUUCACCUGGUCGUUUAUAGUGUUUUGAAGGGCAGACCGUCUUAAUCUUGUAUGAGUCAAGGGCUAGAGCCGUAAGCUGACCAUCUAAGUGUUAGGGAAUAUACCCUAUCUGUAUUCAGUAAUUCCUGAAACUGUCCUAUUCAUCUGAAAGGUGUCUGCAGAAAUCCACGUGCUUACUACCUCCACAUUCACGUAUAUGCAGAACUUUCUCCAGCAAAUCCGCCGCUUUACAUUAAACCUUUAUUAAGGUAGGUUCACAGAGUUACAGGAGAAUUAGAGGUGGAUUUUCCUGCCGGUUUUCCAGCCAAAGCCAGGAGAGGAUCUGGCAGGAAGGAGAGGUGGAAGGCCUUCCAAUCCUUUAUUUCAGAUUCCUUUCAAAUCCACUUCUGGCUUUGGCUGAAUAAUCUGCCUCAAACCUCCUCCAAAAAGACGCCAUGUGAAC